AUUUACUCGACCGCCGUUUAGCUGUGAUGGCACCGACUCAGCCAUUUUCCUCCCAGCAUGCACACCCGCCAUAUCCUUCCCUAUACCUAUAUCCUCUGAACGACACUUUUGUUCCAAAACAUAUCUCCCUCCAUAAUGGCCAGCGCGUAAAGAUCGGGCGUCAGACAAACGCAAAGACAGUUCCAGCCGAGAGAAACGGUUACUUUGAUUCAAAAGUAUUGAGCAGACAACAUGCAGAAAUAUGGGAGGACAGUGGAAAGAUAUACAUCAAAGACGUGAAAAGUUCCAAUGGUACUUUCAUCAAUGGCGAGCGACUCAGCCCAGAAGGUGUCGAGUCUGAGCCAUUUGAACUCAAAAAUGAUGAUAUCGUGGAAUUUGGUAUCGACAUUAUCGGUGAAGACAACAAGACAACCAUCCACCACAAAGUCGCUGCCCGUGUCAUGUGCGUGUUCACAGACGAAGAUGCACACCUCGCUGCCCGCGUCGAGGCAGUCCCCACAUCCGCUUCUCUUACUCCCAACAUCCCCUCCAUCCUCCCUCCCGCCACUUCAUCAUCCGCAAGUGGUAGUAACUUUAGCUUUGCUCAUCCACAGCGCCGCCCGACCCUCCAGAGUCAGCUCGGUGGAAUGGGCGGCAGCAUGCGACCGCCGGGUAAAAACGGCCUUUCCUUUGACCACAUAUUAAGUAGACUCCAGGGUGAACUCCAGAAGAGUCGUGAGACCGGCGCGGAAUUGCACUCCCUAAGCAAUGCAAUGAACGACAUUCACGAUACGCUCGGUGGCUCUGUGCCCCAAAACCUACCGCACUUCCCUCAAUCACUCCCUCCCGUGCGUUCACAACAAGCCUCGAUCACCUCCGCACCGCCACCUGCACCAGGAUCCACCGCACCCACAAAUUCAGAACCUCCUGCGCCUCCCGCGGAGAGCCCUGCCCUCUCCGAGCUGCGCACAGAACUACAUGAGACCCAAGCUAGCCUCGCAAGUCACGUCGACAAAGUCCGCGCCCUCGAGGACAUGCUCGCAGAGCACGAGGCCAUCAAGGCCGAAGUUGCAGCUCUUCGCGACCUCAUCCACGCUUCAUCCUCGCGCACCCAGCACGACAACGGCAUGGACUUGGACUUGGAACGCAGUCGCCGUGGUCAAGAUGAUGAUGAUGCGUCGAGCAUUCAUACGAUCACCCCACAUGAACUGGAACGCGUUGAGGAGGAGGACGAGAAUGAAGAACAGGAUGAGAGUGAGGAAGAUCGGGAACGUGCGCAGAGGAGGGAGGAGCUGGGCCGACCGCGGACACCGGAGCCAACGGGAAUGGGAAUGGACGAGGACGAACCUACGCACGUCCCUACACCCGAUGCAGAACCCUCGACGUCACGGCUUCGGCUACGGUCACCCUCGCCACAGCCAUCGCACCCUGCCCUAGACGAACUCUCAACACGGUUGGCAGCACUAAGCGGCCGCAUAGAUAGUGCUGUCGAAGUCAACCAUUCGUUAGCGGCGCAGCACGCUGCCGCGCAGGGUACGAUUACCGUGCUACAGGACAAGAUCACUGCGCUGGAGGCGCUGGUUGCGGACCAGCAGCUCGAGACGCAGAUCGCUGCAGCUGUGGAGGCCCAGCUCGCAAAGGCUGUAGAGAGCGCAGUGGAAGCCCAGCUUCGCGCACAGAAACAACAGCAACAAGCCUCUGCAGAGGGAUUGACGGCAUUGAUGGCUGAGUGGAAGAAGGGUGUAGAGGGGCAAUGGAGCGCAGUACAAGAAGAAUGGGGCACGGAACGCGAACGACUGCGCCGGGCCUUCGAGGGGCUAGAAAACGGACUAGAGUCACGGGUAUCGACUGUCGUUGCUUCGCACGUGCAAGCGCAGACGCAUGCAAGACUUCAGAAUGGCGACCUCAAGCUGCAUACUACGAAUGGGCCGAACCCUGUAGGUGGUGGACUGGUCACCCCUCCGAGUCCUGUGAGCGUCGCUUCUAACCCUGGUCGGGGGAAAACUCGACGACGAAGACGCUCGAGAUCGACAUCUGUGUCUUCGAUCGAGUUGGACGAUGAGGCGCACAAGAAUGGGAAUGGGAUCGUGGAUGGGAACGAUGUGGGUCGAUCACGAUCGCCUUCACCUGGACCGUCGAUUACGGGGAGCGAGCCUGAGGUGGAGGGCGAGCUAGAGAAACUCAAGGGCGUACAACCUCUUACCCCAGAAUCAUCUAUUACCGAUUCCGGGGGGACGGAUGAUAUUGAUCGAAAACCGCAAAUGCAGAUGCAAACACAGACGGAGGUGGCGCAGCGGCUACAUUCGCCAGCAACGACGAUGACGGCUGCCUUCGGCGUACUCGUCUUGAGCAUCGCUGCAGCUGCCGUGAUAUAUCGUAUGAAACCUGAAUAAGCAAAUCUUAAGGGGGAGGGGUGCGUUUUUUUUCUAUUCCCACACCCGUCUCCCUUUUUGCGGUUCGAAAUGGAUAAAACGUAUGAGUACAAGUACAGUUGGUGUGGAACGUGCAUGCAUCGGACGGUUCGGGUCCGCCUCUCUCUCUCGUCUGUCUGUCAAUCUGUC